ACUGUUUUAUGGACUCACACAAAUGAGCGUGGCUGAUACCAACCAAACCAACGCCAUCUGCUGGAUCACGGAUGACUCCUUCUUCUACUCCUUGAACCUGGUGUAUUUCACCCUCAUAUUCAUCUUCAACACUGGCAUACUGAUAGCGGUGGCCUCGAACAUCUGCAAGAUGAAGCAGGUGUUCAGGAGCAGCUCGAGGCCCGGCGCAGGGGCCGAGGGAGCGACCCAGGGGGACCCCAUGAAGUUCGGCGAGAGCUGCAGGAGCAGCCUCACCGUGAUGGGUCUCACCUGCCUGAUGGGGAUCACCUGGGGCCUGGCAUUCCUGGGCUCAGGAUACGUCAACUACACCAUCCUCUACCUCUUCUGCAUCCUCAACUCCACACAAGGUCUGCUGCCCGUUCUGCUCCUCUCUGUUCAAAUGUUCUUCCACCUGAUACCGUGUUGACAGCCAAGAAGCAGAGGACAAGAGACAUGGAGGAGACACUGACUUCCACCGCUGUGAAGACUUCAGGAGUCAAAUAUGAUUAGACUGCUGUCGAUCCAAGGCCCGGUCCCAAUCUUCUCACUCACGGACUCUCGGACUUUGUCCGUGAGGGUUUAAUUCUGUCCCGUGGUCAAAUCAUCGAUCAUGGUUGAGGGCUCAGUCGCAGACAUUUUGAGCCCCUUGUAGACUUUUGCAUGAGGAAUUGCCCCAAUUCAUAGCAAUCAAACAUGUGGUAACCAGUGGAAGCAUAAGAAAAGAAAAAAAGGUAAACAAAGAAGACAGCACAUGGACAGCCUGGACAAAGAUGGGACAUGAAAACACAUGAACUCAUAGAUUUUAAAUCACACAACUUUAUUCAUCAAACCAUUUUGUUUUUCAUGUUGUCAUUGAAGCUGAGUAAAAAUAUUUGACAAAUAACUCAGUUCUUGAGCCUGGGAGACGUUCAAAUCAAGAAAUAAAAAGUAUGAAAUAAAUAGCCAGAAUUGUACAUAACAUAACUUUUGAUGUAAACAUUUUUUUCUGUAACUCCCUCACAUAAACAUACUGAUUUAAAUAAAGCUUUUUUUCUUAA